AGAACCUCGGGGGCGGCCGGGGGGAGGGGUCCUGGGACCCCGGUCGCCUCCCGGGACAAUCGCCCAGCGGAAUGCGGCGCCGCGCGAGGCAGGGUCCCCGAGCCCGCGGCGCCCCCCGGACGCACCUGGCGCGGCCCGAGCACAGCGCGCCGCUCGCCCACGUCCUCGCAGGCAGGAAAGUGGCGCUGCUCCCGGGCCCCCGAGAGCCCGGGCGCAGCGGCCCCCCAGGGACGGGACACUCUCCCCUCACCCCCACGUCUGGCUGCGAAACGUGUGGCUAGCAGGGCGUCACAGCGCCGGGAGGGGGAGGGUGUUCCCGCGUCAAGUCCCCUCCUCGCCCCGACCUUUCCCCGGGCGACGACCGCGAGCCGCCGCGGGGCCUCCCCGCUUCCCCGGCCUCGAGCUCCCAGCCCGUGCCUUCCCGGGCCCCGGGCCUCCCGCCCUCGAACGGCGAGGCCCCGGGACCGUCCUGGACCCGCUUACCCGGGCAGAAAGGAAGAGACACUCGUCUGUUGUCCCAAAAACCCCUCAGUGCCUUGGCUUCGCGGGGAAAUGGUUGCCUUUGUGCAAGUGGAUCGGCCUGGCCUCUCUUCAUUUGCCUUGUCUUUUAUUUUUCCAAGGAAAAAAUAUCAGCAGAGAAAGUUCCAGACCUUCUCUUCCCAUGCAGCCUGGUUUUCUGUAUUUAGCAAAUGCCAAACAUCGACCAUGUCUGCAAAUUUCCUCUCGGGUGUAGAGAGCAAGAAGCUUGAAUUUCUGGUCUCUCUUGCAACUGGGAGUGACAAAAUAGACAACGUUCUGGCCAAAGAGACAAAGGAAAUGAACAAAGGUCUACUGAGAAGACUGAUGUCGCCAUGUGCAGCCAGCAGACUCCCCGAGCCUCGGGCCUCGACCUCUUCUGGGAAGGCUCUCCUCGCUCUCACCAGACCCAGCCGUAUCACCUGCCGCCCCUCCCGGUGGCUGCCGUCCGCUGGCCGUGUGGUCACCGAAGACCUCCGCUCCUGCUGUUUCCUCCCUGCUCCCCCUGCUCUCUUCCCGACGGCCCUACAGAUGGCCAUACUCCUCCGUGGCUUCUCUCUGCCUCCCCUUGCUCACCUCCAGCGAUCUGCGCCAACACGCUGCGAUCAGGGACCCUGCCCCCUUGUGGGAGGAAGGCUUCGAGCAACCUCACCGUCCCGGCACCUGCCCAGGCAGCUCCUCCGGCCGUCCAGGGCUCGCGUCACAGUCUCCCUGAAACACUGCUGUCCUCAUUCUUGCUCCUGUGUGAUCACCGCCCUCGCCCUCGGCUGUCUUCUGCUCUUACACCUGCACCUGCCCCCCCCCCCCAACCCAGCAUCCCCCAGGGGGCUGGGGGAGGGGGAGGGGGAGGAAGCACUGGAUCAGUGAGACUCCUUCCAUUGUAAAUUCAUGCUCACGGACCUAGGGGUGCUCCCGGCAGCCCCACUCUCUCCCACUCUACUCCCACUCUCUGCACAGACGACUUCAUACCUCCUCUCCUCUUCUCCCCGAGCCGCCCUCGCUCCCGCCCUCCCUCCCUUCUGCUCUGUGGAGCCACAUCUGACUUCAUCGAGAAAUUCCAAGCCAGCAGAGUGAGCUCCCUACCUGCCCCCGCCUGCACCUCUCUGCAUUCCUGCUGUCGAGGUGGAAGAAUCGUGCCUUCUCCCUUCUGGCUGUGAAGCUAGCUGCCCCCCCUCCCCAGCUCGGGUUCCCAUCCCUUCUACCUUGUCACUCUUACAGGCACCCCCAUUUUCUCAACCACAGGAGGCUUCCACUGGAGGGUGAGCUGGCUCAUUAGUAAGGGACCCAAUGUCACUCAGCUUUCCCUAAAGAGAAAUGUUUCUAAUUGUCACCUGGCUAAGGAUGGUGUGGGACUUGGCAGGGGAAGGGUCUACUCUUGGUGCACAGUCUCUCAGGUGAUCCCUGGUCUACCAUCGGUCCGUGUACGUCCUCUUCGAGGUGGCUUCCUGGAAUGACUGAGUUCUGACACAGAGCAGCAUCUCGAAACCCUCCCAGCCAUGUCCUCACCCAACCAUCAGCCUGGGUCGAUCAUUCCCACCACUGGCAGGUGGAAAAGGGACACCUCUGCGUCCGUGGAGUAUGUACCUGAGAUGGCACACCCAGGGCGCCUGGCACACACAAGAUACUCGCUGUGCCAGGACAGUCCGCGCCGGUCCCUAAGAGAGUGCGUCCCAGGAUGCUCCUCACACUGGCAUUUACGCACAAGGAGGGAGAUGCCCCAGAUGCAAGGUGGUCAGAAACACACCUCAGGAUGUUGUGCAGCACUCUGGGGUGAUGGGUUGGACGUACACACAGCAGUAUCUCCAAGCCUCGUGUCGCCUAAAAACAGGAAGGACCAGAAGGUCCAUCGCCAUGGGCAACAACACAGGUGUUUCUGCACGCCCGUGAAUAAAAGUGCAUAU